AGGCGCAGUCGGCACCAAAACAUAGAAUUUUAGAUAAGAAAAUCUUAGAAACAGAACCCCCCAAUCCAUCAAAACCUUAGUUCACGGAUCAUGCCUUCUUUCUAUACCAUUUCUAUAUAGAAGUAACUUUGGACUUGCCAUUUCUUUCUCAAUACACAGAAAGAACAAAAUAUAAUAUGACCUCUUGGUAUCGAACUAUCACCUCUCCCUUUAGAAAAGCUUGCACUUUCUUCAAUCAUCAGCAGCACAGAGACAAGAAAUCCCACCAAGGACCCGAGCACGGCGACCAGAGUGUAACAGAUUUGCAUGGAGAGGUGAUGGCGUGUACAUAUGAGGAUGUUCAGGUGAUGUGGUCGAUUUUGGACAAGUCCAAAAUCCAGAACCUGCAGUACCGUUAGUUCUUAAAUUCAAUAUAGAUUUGCAGGUAAAUUUAUUUGUGGGUCGAUCUGUUUAAUUAAGAUUUUAAUUAGACAGACCCUUUUACACAGCUCAUUUGGCUGUAGAUUGAUUUGAUUUUGCUUUGUAAAUAUAUUGCAUCUUGUCGAUGUGGUGGGAAGGCGAGAAG